AUGGAAGGCAUUGAUGCUCAAAGAUUGGAAGUCAAGAAAGAAAGAGCUCCGAAGUUACCUGUUCAUAUAGCUAAAGAGGUUACCAAAGGACGACUACUGAAGCAUGUAGAAAUCAGCGAAAAAAGUGUUUUACCCACAGCUCUCGACAUGUAUCGAGAAAAAGUGGAUGAAAAUUUGAAAGGAGAAAUAAAGACACAUGAUACCAGUAAACUUCGUCACGCUGAAGUUGUUGAGAAAAAUGUAUUACCGACAUCUGUUGACAUAGCUCGUGAAAAAGUACCAACGUUGAUCGUGAACUUUGAUACAGAAAAGUUGAAACAUGUUGAUCCGGUUGUAAAAAUAGCACUUCCAUCUGUUAAUGAUGUUGUUCGAGAGCAGGAGGAAUUCAAGGCAGGCGCAAAUGAGAAAGGCGGAAUGAUUCAUAAUUAA